CCUCCUGGGGAACUCACUGCUCGGAACUCCCCGUCUUCCUGUGGGGCCUCCCUGGGUCUGGCAGCUCUGAGCUCCUGACAGCAGAGCCCUGAGGAGCGGCGUCCUGCCCUGGACCUGCCCCCAUGCUGCUGCGGCUGCUGCUGGCCCUGCUGGGGCUGGGGGAGGCCCUGGGGGACAGGGAGGCUAACAAGGAUUACCGCCUGGAACUGCAGAGGCAGCGGGUGGAGGGGCCCGAGGGCCUGUGUGUGGCCGUGCGCUGCUCCUUCUCCUACCCCGAGGUGGGCUGGAACGACUCUGAUCCGGUUCACGGGUACUGGUUCCGCUACGGGGCCAAUGUAAACACGAACAAGGCUGCUCCAGUGGCCACGAACGACCCGGGCAGCACAGUGCGGGAGGAGGCCCGGGGCCGAUUCCGCCUCCUCGGGGAUCCCAGGACCAACAACUGCUCCCUGGGCAUCCGAGUCGCCAGGAGGAGCGACGAGGGGACGUACUACUUCCGGGUGGAGAGAGGACCCAAUGUGAAGUGGACCUACCAGUGGACCAAGCUCUACGUGCGCGUGAAGGUGACAAUCUAA